CUAAACAACAAAGGAAAACCUGAGGCUCAAACCCUUUUAUCGUUGGAGCUACCUAAUGAGACUUUUAGCAAAUUUAUCAGCACCCUAUAUCAAAUUGUGGGGAAGGAAAAGACUCAUUAUGCUGGAACUUCUUAGUUAAUGGGGAAUUCACACUAAAAAGUGUGUACCAGAAUGAUGUAGGAAUUAAGAUGUUUUCCUAAGGAAAUCAUAAUCAUUCUUGGUCAUAGAUUUGGAAACUCUAUAUCCCACUGAAAUGAAAAAUUUUCAUGUGGAAUGUGUUCUGGAGAUUCCACAUUCACACUUCUAGCAAGGAGAAGCAUAACCAUGCAACCUGAAUGUCCACCAUGCAAAACUCAACUUGGGAUAGACUGCUUGCUAUUAAUAACAAAUUGCUAGUUGUGCUUAUUUUGUAUCAGACUUGAUUUAUUAAUUUGCUCUCUUCUGAUUAAAAGUAGAGCCAUGGAGCAUGAACAUAACUGAGAAAUGAACAACGCACCCCACCACUGCCUCUCUUUGUUAACCAGCUGCAAAACUCUCAAAAUCCUCAAACAAAUCCACGCUUCUCUCGUCAAAACCGGCCACCACUCCGACCCUUUUUUCGCCGGAAAGCUAAUUCUCCAUAGCGCAGUAACGGUUCCCGGUGCUCUCCACUACGCUCGCCGUUUCUUCCUUAACUUCCCAAACCCGGAUGUCUUCAUGUAUAACACGCUUAUUCGAGGGUUCUCGGAAUCGGGUAUCCCUCAGAAUUCAAUAUUUACUUUCAUAGAUAUGUGUGGGAAAUCAUUGGUUCCUCCUGAUAGCUUCUCUUUCGCGUUUGUUCUUAAGGCGGCGGCAAAUCACGGGUCGUUGAGAACUGGGAUUCAGCUUCAUUGUCAAGCUCUGAUUCAUGGUUUCGAAACCCAUUUGUUUGUUGGUACGACCUUGAUUAGCAUGUAUGGAGAAUGCGGCUCUGUUUAUUUUGCGAAGAAAGUGUUUGACCAAAUGCGUGAACCAAAUGUUGUAGCUUGGAAUGCUGUUAUCACGGCUUGUUUUAGGUGUGGUGAUGUAAAGGGUGCACGAAAAAUGUUUGAUAUGAUGCCUUUUAAGAAUUCGACUUCAUCGAAUGUAAUUCUUGCAGGGUAUGCGAAAGCUGGUGAGAUGGAGAUUGCCAGGAAAGUGUUUUGGGAUAUGAAAGUGAAGGAUAAUGUUUCUUGGAGUACUAUGAUUGCCGGAUUAGCGCAUAAUGGGUUCUUUGAUGAGGCUUUUGCGUACUUUAGGGAGUUGCGAAUGAUAGGGUUGAGACCGAAUGAGGUUAGCUUGACUGGGGUGCUCUCAGGCUGCGCACAAGUUGGGGCAUCUGAGUUUGGUAAAAUCUUACAUGGAUUUAUUGAGAAAUCUGGGUUUAAUUGGAUUCCUACCGUGAACAAUGCACUUGUGGAUAUGUAUGCAAGGUGUGGGAAUGUAGGGAUGGCUCGAUUAGUUUUUCGGAGUAUGCUACAUAAAAGUGUUGUUUCUUGGACAUCAAUGAUAGAGGGGCUUGCAAUGCACGGUUAUGCGGAAGAGGCGAUACGGGUUUUCCAUGAGAUGGAAGGAUGCGGAAUUAGGCCAGAUUGGAUUACCUUUGUUUCACUCCUAUACGCUUGUAGUCAUGCCGGGUUGAUUGAACAAGGAUGUAACUAUUUUUCUACGAUGAAGGAUGUGUAUGAUAUCGAACCUACAGUUGAGCACUAUGGCUGCAUGGUUGAUUUGUAUGGUCGAGCUGGUUACCUACAGAAGGCUUAUGACUUUGUAUGUCAAAUGCCAAUAACGCCUAAUGCUAUAAUUUGGCGAACUCUUCUUGGUGCUUGCGGCAUUCAUGGGAAUGUUGAGUUGGCAGAGCAAGUAAAGGCGAGACUUUUUGAUCUAGAACCUGAUGAUUCGAGUGAUAAUGUGCUGCUGUCAAAUAUUUAUGCAGUUGCAGGGAAAUGGAAGGAUGUCGCCACUGUGAGGCAGUCAAUGACAGAUCAGAAGAUUAAGAAAACACCUGGUUGGAGUAUGAUCGAAGUUGACAGGACAAUGUAUAGGUUCGUGGCAGGGGAAAAAACGAAUAAGACUACAGCAGAGGCUUACGAGAAGCUUAAGGAGAUAAUUAAAAGGCUUAGGCUUGAGGGAGGUUAUGUUCCUGAAGUUGCAAGUGUGUUGCACGAUGUAGAUGAGGAAGAAAAGGAAGAUUCGGUAUCCAAACACAGCGAGAAGCUUGCUGUAGCUUUCGGGAUCUCAAGGCUUUGUAAGGGGAGGGUUAUAAGAAUAGUAAAGAAUCUGAGAAUAUGCAGAGAUUGUCAUACUGUUAUGAAGUUGAUCUCUAAGGUUUAUGGAUUAAAACUUGUUGUCAGAGAUCGAAGUCGGUUUCACUCAUUCGAUGAUGGCGCUUGUUCUUGCAAAGAUUACUGGUGAUUUGAGAAGAAAUUCGAGUCUUCAACUGUUGGAAUGCCAUCAAUUUCGGCACACUGAACGAAAGCAGAGGAGCAGACAAGUAUGGCGAGGCUGUAUCAAAUUUUUGAGUCUUUCAUCAAAUAUGGGUGGAGAUAUUCACCUGAACCUGAUUGUGUUCAAGUGGAACUAAUCGAUUUUAGAUGACUGUGAAUAUUGAUCCACUUUGCACCAAAACAAAUUAUUCUUAAUGCCUUUAACAUUACACAA